UCCGCCUUCCGCUCCUUCCGCCUUCCGGCGGGGCGGGCGGCGCCGCUUCCGGCGGGGCGGCGAUGGCGGCGGGGGGGCGGCGCGGGGGCGGCUGCCUCCUGCUGGGCGCCGCGGGCGUCGGUAAGAGCCUGCUGGGGAAGCGGCUCCGCCAGCUGAGCGCCCGGGACGGCGCCAAGGAGCUGGGCGAGCCCCCGGCCACGCUGCCCACGGUGGGCACCAACCUGACGGAGCUGCCGCUGCCGCCGAGGGUGACGGUGCGGGAGCUGGGCGGCUGCAUGGGCCCCAUCUGGCCCAGCUACUACGGGGACUGCGGCGCCGUGAUGAGCCGCCCCCUCCCUCCGCAGUUCGUGGUCGAUGCCGCCAACCCCACGCAGGUGUCCUCGUCCUGCGUGCAGCUGCUGGCCCUGCUGUCCGCCCCGCAGCUCGCCGCCGUGCCCGUGCUGGUGCUCUUCAACAAGAUUGACCUGCCCUGCUACAUGUCGCUGGUGGAGAUGCAGUCUCUGUUCCGCAUGCAAGACAUCGUGUCCUGCGCUACGCAGCCCGUCACGGUGCUGGAGGCCAGCGCGCGCGACGGCACCGGGCUGGCCGACGUCCUGCAGUGGCUGAGGGACACCUUCAGGGACCCCGGCUGACCCGCCCUGCCCUGGGCACUGCCAGGGGCUGGUGGCAGGGGGCAGCUCCCUAGGGCUUUGCCUGCGGCGGCUUUUUAGGACUUUACAGUAAAACUGGGAAACUUCCA